ACCCCUCCCACAUGGCCGGAGCCGGAGGGAUCCCCACAUCCGCGGCCAAGUACCCAUGACGACGCGGCUGACAGCGACGUCGCUGCUCUCCAGAACCCUCCGCCGCGGCGUCACCUCGCGAAUCCCCCCGAGACCCUUCGCGCCCCUCGGCCUCGAACCAUCCGCAGGGAUCCCCCGUUCCCAGCCCAGGCCGUCCUACUCGACCGCCUCGGGAGAUCCGGGCCAGGAGCCACCGCCGGCCAUGGACUCCCCGAUCAAGGUUGUUUCCCACCUAGGGGGCGGAGGCGGAGGACGGGGAUCGGGAGAGGGGGGAGCGGCGGCGAUCGACGCGGGGAAGUCGGCGCGGAGGCCGCUCAGCCUGUGGCCCGGGAUGUACCACUCCCCGGUGACCAACGCGCUGUGGGAGGCGCGCUCCAGCAUCUUCGAGCGGAUGAUGGACGCGGGGAACGGCGGCGCCGCCACGGACGCGGCCGACGCCGGGGAGCAGCGCGCGCCGACGGAGCUGCUCGUUAAGACGCCCGCGCAGAGCCGGACCAGCAUCGUGUACAAGUUCGCCACCGACGACAUCCUCCGGGAGCAGUACCGGGAUCCAUGGAACGAGGUGCGCAUCGGGAAGCUGCUCGAGGACCUCGACGCCCUCGCCGGCACCAUCGCCGUCAAGCACUGUUCUGAUGAAGAUAGCACAACAAGACCCCUUUUGGUUGUGACAGCUUCUGUCGAUAAAAUGGAGCUAAAAAAGCCUAUUCGUGUGGACACUGAUUUAAAGAUAGCUGGAGCUGUUACUUAUGUUGGCCGCUCAUCAAUUGAUAUACAGAUUGAAGUGACUCAGGUUGAUCAAGAUGGUGAUAAUGACUCCGAUCCAAUUGCAUUGACUGCUAACUUCACAUUUGUUGCACGUGAUUCUAAGACUGGAAAAUCUGCUCCAGUGAACCGCCUUUCACCUGAAACUGAAAGAGAGAAGCAAUUAUUUAGUGAGAGAGAAGCACGUGAUAAGAUGAGAAAAAGGAAGCGAGAAGAACAGAAGGGAGGGCUUGAAAAUGGGAUACAUAAGCUUCGUGCUGAGGCUGAGAGGCUGAAUGCGUUACUCGCAGAGGGUCGUGUUUUCUCUGAUCUGCCUGCUUUAGCUGAUAGAGAUAGCAUCUUGCUGAAGGAUACCCGCCUGGAGAACUCUCUUGUCUGCCAGCCUCAGCAACGAAAUUUGCAUGGAAGGAUAUUCGGAGGUUUCUUGAUGCACAGAGCAUUUGAGCUUGCCUUCUCAACUGCGUAUGCCUUUGUUGGACAGAGACCUUGUUUUCUUGAAGUUGAUCAUGUUGACUUCUUAAAACCAGUGGAUGUAGGAGACUUUCUUCGAUUCAAAUCAUGUGUCUUGUAUACUCAGCUUGACAAUCCAGAGCAGCCCCUGGUCAACGUUGAAGUUGUUGCUCAUGUAACAAGGCCUGAGCUCCGGAAAAGUGAGGUCUCAAACACAUUUCACUUCACCUUCACAGUUUGUAGCAACAUGUUGAAAAACGGAUUGAAGAUUCGUAACGUUGUUCCCUCAACCGAAGAAGAGGCGCGGCGCAUACUAGAGCGCAUGGAAGCGGAGGGUUUAUGUAACUAGUCCUUCAGAGCCACUUGUUUCAGACAUUUGUUAUUUGAUAAGUUGAUAUCUUACUUGUACCUGCUAACGGGGGAAUUGGCCACGAUUUCAGCAGCAGCUAUCAACAGAUAAGUAACACGCCGGUAAUAGAACGGCAUAGCUGUAGCCUGUAGCUCCAUCUCCGUGGCACCAUUUGUGAAUUUUGUUUUCUAAAGAGACCAUACGUAGUGUAUAAUAACAUACUCCUCGAGACUCAAAAUGUUCUUUUGAGAAAGCACUACCUUCAUGUUAUUUUUUAUUUA